GUGGUCAGGAGUGGGCGGGGCGUGGGCUGAGCUUGGCGCGCCCGCGUGCGCCCGUUCGCGCCGCCGCCGCCAUGGGUUGGGAGGAGAAGCAGGUCCGCGGGUACCCCGAGUUCGUGCAGACGGCGCAGCGCUACCACGGGCGGCCCAUCUUCGCGCUCUUCUGCGGCGACAAGGACGCUGAGGGCCGGAGCUGGUGCCCAGAUUGCGUCACGGCUGAACCGAUUGUGAGGAAGGAACUUCAUAACAUGCCUGAUGAGUCUGUAUUCAUCUACUGCCUUGUAGGAGACAGAGCCUACUGGAAAGACCCCAACAAUGAAUUCAGGAAGAAUCUGAAACUAACAGGAGUGCCUACACUGCUUAAAUAUGGAACACCUCAGAAGCUGGUUGAAGAAGAAUGUUUUAAAGCAGAGCUUGUACGUAUGUUGUUUACCGAAGACUAAAUCCACCAGUAGUCAAUCAUUUAUGAAGAUGUUAAAUUUCAGUGUCCUUUUAAGGAAACCUUCUUUUAAAAC